UCUGAAGAUGACGACGCAGUCUCUGGAUCCCCUCUACUCUCUCGUCAUAUCGUGAACAAACCACUAAUACAUCAUCACUCUACAUCCAAAACAACCUGUCAUCAUGGCUACCACUGCUGCUUCUCUGACCUCCCAUGGAGUUGAACCGGCUGUUCCCGCUCCUGUGGCCAUCAACCGCCCGCUCUUGGACACUUCGGUGCAGGCGCUCAGCUCCAGUUCUGCCAUUUUCUCCUUUGAGCCCCAUGUCAAAGCACCCUUUGAUGCCAUCCGGCGUCUGUUUGAUCAUCUUCGAGCCAAUUCUGAAAAUGCGUCAUCUCUCAAUGCUGCGUAUCCCAAGCGAGGCAUCUUCAAGACAGCUGCGAUGAGCAAUGCUACAUCUGAUCAGAAGUUCACCAUUGAUCUGUCGCCAGCUCGGAGCGGACGCAUUCCGGAGACCUUGCGCAAGAAACUGGCCGGCGAUGGAUUCAACGACGUCCUAGACUUCUUUGAAGAGGUCAACAGCACCUACGUCGCCCAGAUCAUGUCCAUCAUGCAUGGGCUUAUUGGCGCUGACCUGGGUCAAGUCCAUAAGACUGGCAACUUCAACUACCGUCUUUGUGACUACAACACGGAUACUGCCGACCCAACAAGUGACAACGGAUGCGGCUCCCAUACAGACUAUGGCACCUUUACCAUCAUCUUCCAGGACGGAACAUCAGGGCUCGAGAUUGAAGAUGCCGAGCAGCCCGGUCUUUGGAUGCCCGUUCCUGGCGACGCAACGGUUGUCCUCGCUGGUUGGUGCGCUGUGAUCCUCAGUGGAGGCAACAUCCGAGCUACCCGUCAUAGAGUCAGAAGAACUCCGGGUGUUCGAAGACUCAGUGCCGUGCUUUUUGUUGCCCCAGAUGUUGAGGCCACUCUACGACCUCUCGAAGGUGUUAAGGUUGUUCGUCCGUUCACUAAGAAGGUCAUGGAUGGGCAGUUGGAUGUUGGAGAGUUCAAAGAGGUCAUGGGCAAGAAGUGGAGACGUCGUGAGGGCAAUGAGAAGUCUGAUGACGGGGAUGACACGGGAACACAGGACAGUGAGAUUGAACGAUUCAUCUGGGCUUGACUGAAUAAGUAUGAGCUCCGGUGAAUCUAAUUGGAUCGCGAGCAUCAAUUACUCCGAUUAAUCCACCUCACGGCAAGACCGAGAUCGCCGCAUUCCUACAUAGAGCUUACAAGGAUAACAAAGACGAAUAACUGAUUAAUUAUGUGCAAUUUCACAAUUCGAAUUGCAUAACAUAGGUUGACCGUUUUAUGUCUUCUCCGUUGGGUAGUAUCAGUGC